UCUUUUUUUUUUUUUUUUUUUUUUCCCUCAAAUCACAAUGGCUGCAGCAGCUGAAUCCAAGCCUGCCUUCCGCAUGCCCAAGCUGCACAACAACCCCACCGGCUGGGGUCCCUCUGCCGGCCCUGAGCAGUUCGAUGACACGCUCUACCAGCCGUUCUCCAAGGCCGAUCGCUUGGGUCGCGUUGCAGACUGGACCAACACGCUCUACCCACAGGACAACAAGCGUGCCUACCGGCAAUACCAGCAGUACGGCGCGCAGGGAUCCACCGCGUUCACGUACUACCACGGCGAGGACGAGAGCUCGUUCUCGCUCGUCGACAACUCGCGCCAGCAGCCGCGCUCCAAGUAUGGCUCCAAGCGACCGGCUACCAACAUUCGUCGCCCUGGCUUUGGUCCUGGCCGUGGUGGCGCGCUGGGUCUGCAGAACAGCAUGCGCGCUGGCACCCAGAACAACCAAUGGAACAACCAGCGUGGCGGCCGUGGUGGCUACUAUGGCCAAGGCCGACGCGCCGGUGGCUAUGGCCGUGGCGACGGGCGCCUCAACCGCGGCAACGCCUGGUCGGUCGAGGUCCAGCCCGAGUGGAAGCUGCUGGAGGAGAUUGAUUUCGGCAAGCUCAACAACCUGCAGAUGACCGUGCAAGACCCCGAGGAGCUCGGCCUGUACGGCAACGUGGGUGUGUUUGACCGUGCCUUUGACACGCUGACCACCAAGUCCGACAAGGCUCUCGUCUCGACCAGCCGCUUCUUCAACCGCGUCACUGCCAUCGACGACCCCGUGCUCCGCGAGCACGCCAAGAACGGCGGCCAAGUGUUUGCCACGGAUAACGUCAUUGCCGCCAUCAUGUCGUGCACCCGCUCAGUCUACUCGUUCGACAUUGUCGUCGAAAAGAUCGGCGACAAGCUCUUCCUGUACCAACGCGACAACUCAGACCUCGACUUUCUCACCGUCGACGAAACCUCGCCCGACCCGCCGCACGACGACGGCGACGGCAGCAUCAACGCGCCCCGCAAGCUCGCUGUGGAGGCCACUCUAGUCAACCAGUACUUUACCCAGCAGGUCCUUAAGAAGAACUCUAUUGUCUCGAUUGGCAAGUCCAACCCAUUCCUGGACACUGUGCCCGAGAAGGCCGAGGCCGCCGCCGUCGGCUACCGAUACCGCCGAUGGAACAUUGGCACCGACCUCAACCUCGUCUGCCGAUGCGAAGUUGAUGGUCUGCUUGUGUCAAAGAAGCCCGAGGAGCUCACCGAGGACACGGACGCCUUUGUGAUGGUCAAGGCCUUGACAGAGUACGACUCGAAGGCCUCUGGCUCGCUCGACUGGCGUCAAAAGCUCGACAUUCAGCGUGGUGCCCUGCUUGCCACGGCCCUCAAGAACAACCUGUUCAAGGUCUGCCGCUGGGCCGCCGCCGCCUCGCUCUCGGGCGCCUCGCAAAUCCGCGUCGGCUUUGUCUCGCGCGCGUCGCCCCGCGACAACACCCGCCACACCGUCCUUGGCACCUCUUCGCUCCGACCAAAGGAGCUGGCGCAACAGAUUAACUUCCAGCUGAGCAACGGCUGGGCUGUUCUCCGCACCGUCAUUGACGCAUGCCGCAAGCAGACUGACGGCAAGUAUCUUCUUCUCAAGGAUCCCAGCAAGCGAUCAAUCGUGCUCUACAGCAUUCCACAAGGCACUUUCGAGGAGGCCUCCGACGACGAAGAGGAGGAGGAUGACGACACUGUGAACGAAUUCGCCUCAGACAUUGCUCCUUCCCAAGCCGAUGAGGCUGAGCAGUAAAAAUCUAGCAUUUCCCCCCCCCCUCCCCCGACUGUGUGGCGCAAGAUCCUACUGCUUUUUGUGCCUGUGUGCUUGUUCUGUUAUGGACUUUUCUUUUCUUGUUGGCGAUGAUUGUGCUUUUUGUGUGCUUGUGAUAAAACCAAAAACUUUCGACUUUUCUCCCCCU